AGAAAAUGGAAGGUCUCUGGAGGGCUGGAUGGAGGGGAGAUGUGAUUACAGGCAGGCUGUGUCCUAGAAGAGGGGAAAAAGAGUCGUGGAAAGGGUCAGCUGGCUCUUCCAAGCAUCGUUAGAGCGUUCUGAGGAGAAGGCGUACACACCUGAGCCUUUCUGCUCCCGCUAUGGAGAUGAGUUGGCGAGGAUGGGCUGCAGGCUUGACCGUUUGGUGUCUCUGUUAAGCAGGUACUGUGCAGCACAUUGGGGUAACAAAGAUGGGGAAGAUCUCUCUCUUCCUUCUCUUAGAUGAUGGGAAGAUAAGAACACACCUUGGAACCAAACCAGUGGGAAAUGCUAAAGAACACACAGCCAGGGCCACACAGAGAAACCCUGUCUCAAAACCAAAACAAAACCCACGGAGCAGGAUGAAAACCCUGUCAGGGAAGACAGUUCUCAGUAGAGCUAAUAAUUGAACUGGAUUUUGAAAGAAAGGCUUACCACAUGGUCAAACAAGACAAGGGACGGAACUGCAUUCAUUCUGAGGAGAGGGAAUUACUUAUGCAGAUACAGAGAAGAUGGUCUGCUUAGGAAAGGGUUCCUCAGGCAGGGUUGAAGUCUGAAUUUCCUGUCGCUGAGUGGCCCAACUACCAGUGUGUGGGAAAGACUGAAAAGUUUGCGGAUUCCUAGGAGCAGCCAGUGGGAAAUUGCUAAGAAAAGAGGGACACAAUGUACUUAGUUACCUUUCUGUUUUGUUUUUUAUCUUUUUGUAUUGGUUUUUUUCAUGUUUUUUUUUUCUAUUUCCAGGGCCUGUGUUUACUAGGCAAGUACUCUACCACUGAGCUAAACCCCUAACCCAACCCAAACACUAUUUUAUUUUUUAAGUGUGUGUGUGUGUGUGUGUGUGUGUGUGUGUGUGAGAGAGAGAGAGAGAGAGAGAGAGAGAGAGAGAGAGAGAGAGAGAGAACAUCUAUAUAUCGGGUUAGGUAGCAUGCAAUUUCAGAAGCUGGAAAUCUCUGGACACCAGAGAUUCCACGGAUCCAAAAGUGCUCCAAGCACCUUUACCUGCUGAGCCUCCGGUCCUUACCAUCUGUGGUUUUAAAGGCAGGUGGGGCAGAACAAUUGGGCCUGUGAGAUAAGGAGGUAGAUUACUGUGAUAGCUGAGGAAUUUAAACAGUAUUCCUUUUCCUCAAGUCAUAGAAUUUGACUUCUGAGUUGCUUUCCUUUAUCCGCCAGACAUUUGGGUGGAGUUGGCAAGACUGGAAAGAACCUCAGCUCUGUGUAUUGAUAUGGAAGACUGGAGUACUAUCACGGGGGUGGGGGGGGGAAGGAGCUAUAAUAAGCAUCAGCCCCAAAUUCCUUGAUUCAAAAGGCACAUGCUUCAAGGUCCUCAUCACUGAAAAAGGUCCAAAUCACUAACCUGUUAUUUGUUUGUUUGUGUAUUCAAUAGCUAUAAUUCAGACACUGGAAGGUUGUAGUCAUACUGUUCAGCAAUAUAAAACUGUUAAAAGGUUAUCAUACUCUGCCCCUACCCUGACACACCCUUUUGCUGGAGAAUCAUUACAAACUCUGCUUGGUGUGAUAGCGCACACCUGUAAUCUCAGCAGGAGAAUCUAGAGUUCAAGUUUGGGAUAGCUGAAACCCUGCCCCUGUAAACAAACAACAGGUUUGGGAGCCUUUUAUCCCAGCGCUUGAGAGGCAGAUGAGUGAAUCUCUGUGAGUUUGAAGUCUGCCUGAUUUCUAGAGGUCCAGGCCAGCCACAGAUACAUAGUUAAGAUCUUGUCUCAAAUGAACAAAAACAAGAAUAACCUUCACUUAUUUUCCUUAUCUCUACAGCCUUGAACGAAUCACUUCCUCGCUCUAAAUAAUUCUUUUUUUAGUUAAGGGUCUAUACAGGCUUAAUUAUAAAGAAUUUUUGGGAAAGAGGGCCUCAGAAAAAAUAAAUAAAGAAGAAAUAAAGAGAAACAGUUGAGAGCUUGGUACACUUUGUUCAGUACAUAUCCCUUCUAGUCUCCCUCCAGCCUUGUCUGCCUAUUCCGUCCCGAAUUGCCAUCUUUAGUGGAUGCGUUCUCUUUAAACCAUGCCUAUCCUAUCAUCUCUUGGAGGGAAGGGGGCGUGAGGGUUAAGAACGCGUUUAGCACGGUUUGAAACGUUUGUCCCCGUCAGGCCGCCGUCCUGCAGGUCCGCCAUAUUGUCUGCCGAAGCUGCCGCUGAAGCUACCGCUGCGGCCGCCGCCAAGUCUGAGCGAGCGGAGCCGCGAUGGAGACCAUGGCAAGCCCAGGGAAAGACAAUUAUCGAAUGAAGAGCUAUAAGAACAAUGCCUUAAACCCUGAGGAAAUGAGACGAAGAAGGGAGGAAGAGGGCAUUCAGCUUCGGAAACAGAAGCGGGAGCAGCAACUUUUUAAACGGAGAAAUGUGGAGCUGAUUAAUGAAGAAGCUGCCAUGUUUGACAGUCUGCUGAUGGAUUCCUACGUGAGCUCCACAACUGGGGAGAGUGUGAUCACAAGGGAAAUGGUGGAGAUGCUCUUUUCUGACGAUUCUGACUUACAGUUAGCAACCACACAGAAAUUCCGGAAACUCCUUUCCAAAGAGCCAAGUCCUCCAAUAGAUGAAGUUAUUAACACUCCAGGAGUAGUUGAUCGGUUUGUGGAGUUUCUGAAGAGGAGUGAGAAUUGUACAUUACAGUUUGAAGCUGCCUGGGCUCUAACAAACAUUGCCUCUGGAACCUCUCAGCAGACCAAAAUUGUCAUUGAAGCAGGAGCUGUCCCCAUUUUUAUAGAGCUGCUUAACUCAGACUUUGAAGAUGUACAAGAACAGGCAGUCUGGGCUCUUGGAAACAUAGCUGGAGACAGUUCAGUCUGCAGAGACUAUGUCUUGAAUUGUUCCAUCCUUAAUCCUCUGUUAACACUCCUUACUAAGUCCACACGACUGACGAUGACACGGAAUGCAGUCUGGGCCCUGUCAAACCUCUGCCGAGGGAAGAACCCUCCUCCAGAGUUCGCAAAGGUCUCUCCUUGUUUGCCUGUAUUGUCUCGCCUACUCUUCAGCAGCGACUCAGACUUGCUGGCAGAUGCUUGCUGGGCCCUCUCUUACCUGUCUGAUGGCCCCAAUGAGAAGAUCCAGGCAGUCAUAGACUCUGGAGUCUGCCGGAGAUUGGUAGAGCUUCUGAUGCACAACGAUUACAAAGUGGCGUCUCCUGCCUUGAGAGCUGUGGGUAAUAUUGUCACCGGGGAUGAUAUCCAGACCCAGGUCAUUCUUAACUGUUCAGCCCUCCCUUGCCUCCUCCACCUGCUGAGCAGCUCUAAGGAAUCAAUCCGGAAGGAAGCUUGCUGGACCAUUUCAAACAUCACUGCUGGCAACAGGGCUCAAAUACAGGCUGUCAUAGAUGCAAAUAUCUUCCCUGUAUUGAUCGAAAUCCUUCAGAAAGCAGAGUUCCGUACGAGGAAAGAAGCAGCCUGGGCCAUCACCAAUGCAACCUCAGGAGGAACCCCUGAGCAAAUCAGGUACUUGGUAUCACUGGGCUGCAUUAAGCCCCUGUGUGACUUGCUGACUGUAAUGGAUUCAAAAAUUGUACAAGUGGCCCUCAAUGGACUAGAGAACAUUCUGCGGCUCGGAGAGCAAGAGGGCAAGCGCAGUGGCUCAGGGGUCAAUCCCUACUGUGGCCUCAUCGAGGAAGCCUAUGGCUUGGAUAAGAUUGAGUUUCUCCAGAGCCAUGAGAACCAGGAGAUCUACCAGAAGGCCUUUGACCUCAUCGAGCACUACUUUGGUGUAGAGGAUGACGACAGCAGCCUGGCCCCUCAGGUGGACGAGACUCAGCAGCAGUUCAUCUUCCAGCAGCCCGAGGCCCCCAUGGAGGGCUUCCAGCUAUAAUGUCCGCCUCCGGGGAGGGGGCAGGGCACGGCAUGCACCAGCAGCCAGCAGAGGAGCAGCCUUCUGGUGGGCAGGAGAACAGGCCCCACCAGCCCCGCACACCUGCUGCCCUGGACACUGUGUUCGUGACCUGCUCACCCCUUCCCUGGAGGAGGGAGUGCCCUCGGGACAGACAGAACCAUCAGAGGCUCACAGUGGGUUUGUGACAAGAAGGGGACGUGCGGGUCUAUCUUCCUUACACUUUAUUUUGGCUGCACACAUGUCUUUAACCCAGGAGCCCAGGGGUAGACAAAGGAGGACUGAGGUAAUCAAUUUGCACCUUUAAAUUUUUUUCUUUUAUUUUCUUUAGUGGUGACUUCCUUCCCAGUUAUCUUUCUUCAUCCAUCCCAGUCCUCUGCCCUGACAUGUGUAACUCUUGGGUACUUGAGCAGAUGGAAUAUUCCAGAGGUGGGAGGUGGGAGGGGAGGGGAGAAGUCCGAAACAAAGUGUUCUUGCUCUGACCGAAUAUUAAUCUUGUAUGCUUGGAUUAUUUAAUUUUUUCUUUUGCACAUUUUUCUUGUAUUAAGGUUGUUCUUCCCAAAAAGCUGGAUUUGAGGAUCCAGCUGCCAGCAUUGUCUGGAAAUAGAGGCUAAUAGGGAGGCCCUGUGAGACAAAGGCCCUCCCUGCUCUGACCUGAUGCCUAAGACCUCUUUAGUCUGGGAGGAUCUCCCUCGCUCUCCUGGAGCAAGUAUACCAGUGGAGUGGAAGGGAGGAGCGCCGGCCUUUAGACAGGGCUUCUCCUGUGUAGCUCCUGACCCUGUUUCCUACCCACCUCCCGAAUGGUGCGACCCAACUUCAUUUGUUUACUUGAAAAUUCACCUCAGAGUUGAAUGAACCUCUGAGGUGGCUGUGUUUUCUCCUGAGCUUGAGAUGGGGGGCUGUGGUCCUUCCUUCUCCUGAGGAGAAAGUCCUGCUCUGAUGACCCAUAAGUUGCAGAGGAGGUUGGAGUUAGUGUCGUGUAUUGGGAUAGUCAUGAAUCCCUGCCUUUGGCCUUUCUUCUUCCUUCUGCCAUAGUUGGAUCAUGUAUAUUUUACUUCCAAAGGAGAGAAUGUCAAAAACUUCUGUAUUUUUUUUAAUAGUCUGUAUUUUUAAGUAGGUCAGUCUUCAUUGGUCUUAGAAGGACAAACUGGAUGUGAGUGGGAUACUGUGAGGAGGACCAGAAAGAGACAUAGAACUUUCUGCUCAGAGGACUGAACUCGGUCCUUAUUUUCUCUUAUAUUCUGGGCCACCACUUGGGACCAACUCUUACUCCUGGAACCUUUAUGAAGUAAAUCACUGGGUCUGAUUGUCCAAACCUGAAGGGAACUGGGAGGGCCUCAAGGCCCAUUGAAGUCAGCUGCUUUGUUCCUUGCUCCCAAGCAGAAAGCAGCCUGCCUUCUCUAACUCAGCGUCAGCACCGUUACCCACAGUAAGUCCUGACACCGCUGCCUCUGUACCAGAGAACCCUGUCAGCAUCUCCCUUCUGAGGAUCCUUGUACCUGGCUUGCAUUUCCUCUUGUUAUACAGAUGCCCCACCACCACCACCACCCUCUCUCUGGGUAAAGGCAGUUCAGUGCCUCAGAGGCUGCUGGCCUGUGUCUUAAGGGGUUACACAGUACACUAAGACGGGAGCUCUGAGCUGGGAGGGGGUGUGUUGUGAGCACCUGCAGAGGUGGCAGCACAGUGCCCCGCUGUGGUGACUCCCACAUCCCCUUACUUCUUUCUUUCUCUAGAAAAGCAUUGUUCGUAGUCCUGUUCCCACAGAUCUAUCUCUCUGUGCCCUGCAUUUGCAGAUCCAAAGUUCAGGUUCUUGCUGCUGGCCUCAGCCUUGCCAUCCACCAUCUCUCCUUUAGUUCUGCAUUCCUGCUCCAGAGCCCUCUAAGAAAAUUGGGGCUGGCACUUGAUACUGAAAAGUGCAACUAACAUUGGACAUUGGCGAGUGCCUUCUGGGAAGGCAAGGAACUGGGCCUUUUUUCACCUGGCUGAAACUGCUCCUUGUUCAAAGAAAAGUCCUCUAUGACGCCAUCAUCGCCCUUAUCUGAAGAGUAGACACUGAACAUCUCAAGUGACAGUUAGGACCCUGGCUCUGGAGCCAGAUUCUUAGCAUGAGAUACAAAUGGCCUGCUCUUGCUUUCCUUUGCCCUUUCUCCAGUAUCUCUGGCUUCCCAUGGAAGAGGCUGCCCUAGGUGUUACACACACACAGAUCAUCUUUACUGACUGACAGUCUGCUCCUGGCACAGACUGGCUUCAGUUUCCAGCUCUCCCCGUGACUACAGCCCAUGAUGUUGGUUGCAGCCUUUUGUUGUAACCAUAUGAGUUCCAUCGUGCCUGGCACCAUGCUUACUUGGGUCUGUGGACAUGAGUGCUUCUGGGGCACAGGUAUUGAUAGCCUGUUUUUGGAGACCUUUACCUGGGAUCUUGUAUCUCCUGCUGCUUCCCUCUGCACCUGGGAAUCAUCCCCAGGAGCCCAUGUCCUGAAGCUGCUGUUGUAUUUAGCUGAGGGAGAGGAAAAGGUUCUUCUGCAUGGCGUUUCUUUCUCUAAAACCAAGCCAAUAAAAAGACACACUUCCCACAUGGAGGAAGUGUGUUUCUACUACUGUCUGCCUGCAAACCUAGCUGCUCACUCUCACAGCUCUACAUGUCCUGGAGGCCUCUGUUCUUUCUGUUCAGACCUCAGCUGUUCUCUUCCAGGCUCACUCAUUUUUGGUAUCCAUCCUCUUGGGUAUUCUUCAGGCUUAGAUUCUAACUUCUCAAAGGCAAGAAAGAGUUUCUCCAGGUCCCUGCAGACCCAGGAGCGAGCUAGGAUGGUGGCAAGCUUCCCUCGAUUGGGGAAGUGUGCCAGGCCAGGUGCUCCGAACCACAGGCGAGUCUGAGCCGUGGCGCUUCCUGAGAGAGGUAGUAAGGGACGACUUCUGGCACAUUCUAGAUCAACCUCAUCCAGUUGUUUUUUUUUUUUUUUUCUGUUUUACCUUUUGUAUUCUGUUGUUAAGCCAACAAACUGAGAAUUUGCCCCCCUCAGGAUCCAUGUGGUGGACACUAGCUGCUCUUUGGCCAAAGGCCUUCAUAGCUUAUUCAAUCUCCCAGUCUGUCCUCCAGUCCCACCCCAGAAUAAGACAUGUAUGGCAAGGGAAGAAUCUAAGGUCAACUCCAAACAAAUCUGAAUGAAACUUACUUUCCUUUUGAGAGAGCAUCUUGUUUGAAGCCUGAACUAUGUGCAGGACCAAAGCUGGCUGUGAGAAAAGCAGCCAGAAACUGGGGAGCCCAAUUCCCAGAGGGCAAAUGCUCUCGUGAUAUGUUUUCAAGGGCCCGGGCUUACCUCCCUGCUUCUAGGCCAGCCUGACUUCUGAUGCUCACACUAGCACAUGCUGGUGACGCCCAUUGGCCCUGCGCUCCUGUGGCACUGAUUUUAAGGUUUCAGUUCAGAGAAACAAUAUAGCAUGUGCAGGGAGCUGUGAAGGAAGACUGAGACUGCCUGGAAACCUGUCAGGGGUUCCCACCAUGAACCCUCAGAAGCUGCACGUGGGCAUUGGCUUUGUUAGCCAGCUUUUUGGGGAAUCUUCUUUUGACCUAUUACAUAAUGAAGUGGGCCUGAGGCCUCAGUGACCAGCAUGUGGAACGUCGCCCACAGACAGCCUGGGUUUCCAGGUAAGAACCCUAGGAAGAUGAUUCGAAUCCUCACAGGUUUUGCUUUCCAAAUUCAUUUGCUUUUAUUUUUCUAAGAACUGUAAACUCUAUUUUUUCAUGUUCUCAGGGCCCCUGGGUAGACAAACCAAGCUUGAUCUCAGAGCAGAAAGAGGCCAAGAGACCAUGGCACUGAGUGUGCUCAGUCCAGACAAAUGAUAUUUAUAUACCAUCCAAAUUUGAAGAGAAAAUGUAUUUCUUUAGGUUUCAAACACUGUAAUAGAUACAAGCAAAAAUAAAAACCUGUUGCAAAGUU